GGCGCGAGGGUGGUGGGGAGUCCGUAGUCAUGUCGCGGGAGUUCGAGCUGUGUCCCGGGCGCCGCGUGGGCGGCGAACAGCCGUGCUUCAUCAUCGCCGAGAUCGGGCAGAACCACCAGGGCGACAUGGCCAUCGCCAAGCGCAUGAUCCGUAUGGCCAAGCUUGUUUUGCAGGACUGUGGAGCAGACUGUGCUAAGUUCCAGAAGAGUGAACUGGAAUACAAAUUCAACAAGAAAGCCUUAGAAAGGCCCUAUACCUCUAAACACUCCUGGGGAAAAACCUACGGGGAGCACAAACGCCACUUGGAGUUUAGUCAUGACCAAUAUAGAGAGCUAAAGAAAUAUGCAGAGGAGAUUGGCAUUUUCUUCACAGCUUCUGGCAUGGAUGAGAUGGCUGUGGAAUUUCUACAUGAACUGGAUGUUCCAUUUUUCAAAGUAGGAUCAGGAGAUACAAACAAUUUUCCUUACCUGGAAAAGACUGCAAAGAAAGGUCGCCCAAUGGUGAUUUCCAGUGGAAUGCAGUCAAUGAACACAAUGCGUCAGGUUUAUCAGAUUGUGAAGCCCAUCAAUCCAAACUUCUGCUUCCUGCAGUGCACCAGUGCAUACCCACUUCAGCCAGAGGACGUCAAUCUCCGUGUUAUAUCGGCAUAUCAGUCAACUUUUCCUGAUAUCCCCAUUGGCUAUUCGGGGCAUGAAACUGGCAUAGCGAUUUCAGUGGCAGCUGUUGCUAUGGGUGCUAAAGUAGUGGAACGCCAUGUGACUCUCGACAAAACAUGGAAAGGAAGUGACCACCAAGCAUCUCUGGAACCAAAUGAACUGGCAGAGUUAGUGAAAGCCAUCCGUACUGUGGAAAAAGCAAUGGGUUCUCCAGUCAAACAGCUCUUGCCCUGUGAAAUGGCUUGCAAUGAAAAGCUGGGAAAGUCUGUUGUGGCAAAAGUGACAAUUCCUGAAGGCACAGUACUGACACUUGACAUGCUGACUGUGAAGGUGGGAGAACCUAAGGGAUUUCCCCCAGAAGCCAUCUUUGAUCUGGUGGGCCAGAAGGUUAAAAGAAAGAUUGAAGAAGAUGAAACCAUUACUGAGGAAGCAGUGGAAAAUCAUGUCAAAAAAGUUAAGUGCUAAACCAAAGCACUGUACUCAGUAUUCCAUGAUACAAUACUGUGCUACUGCAUAUCAUAUUUAUGUAUAGCCGCAUGGUAGAUUAGAAGAAAGGGGUAUAAUUAUGAGGACGCAAUCAGGUUAGGAUUUUCAGUUCUCAUUGGCAAGAAGUCUCUGAAGCAGAGCGAUUUCGUUAGAAACUGUAUAAUAUUGUCUUUAGAAAAUAUCAUGUUCCUUCUUUUUGUAUUCCAAUUAACCUAGAUCAGUUUGGAGUUUUGUCAAAUCUAAGACCACAGUCUGCUGCUUUUCAUCUUCCUUUUUCUGGCAAGAAUACAGUAAAUCACAGUAAUUUUGUCUACACUUUUAAUGGUUCUAACCCCCUGUAUCUUUUGAUGUCCCUCUAUGCCGUUUUACUCAACCUUUUGAUAGCAGGAUGCUAGUUGCAGUUGAAUGCAGGUAAGUGGAAGUUCACAUGCAUGGAACAGAAAAUUACACAUGCAACCUGAUGGAUUUUGCUUAAGAUGAAAGCUUUUAGAUAAGUCUCAGGAUAAGGCAGUGAGUUGCAGAAAUCUGUACUCUGGGGAAAAAAGGCUCCUUGAGAAAGCUAGUACCAAUAAAGGAAGCAAAUUGGAUACAUAGAAAGGUCAUAUUUAAGGGGUAAAAGAAAGAACCUUUGUACUUUUUGUGAACUGAUAGGCAAGAGGGCAAGCCAGACAGAUUAAGAGGGAACAAGCAGAUCUGAGGUAGAUCAAUGGAAAUAAAUUUGACCUGUGCUUCAAAAAAAAAAGUCAAAAUAAUUUGUUGUGAUCUGGGUAAAGCCUGGAAUCUUAAAUCAAUUUUGCAGCGCAUUUGGAAACCUCUGUUGGUACCUGGGGGAACUUUUCAGCUAGGAAGCCAAAUGCUGGUGAAGAUUCAGCAGCCUCUUUCCUGUACUAACAAGAAAAUAAUUACUGAUCAUUUACUAGUGAUGAUUAUUUGGAAUGUGCUACUUCUUGGUCAUGAAUUGUUAAAUUAUGUUUAAUCUGGUGGUGGUGUUUCUGUUUACUUUCAAAAUGUUUACUCGUCUGCAGUUCUGAAGAAACUAUUAAUAUCCUUAAACUGGGAAGCAGAGAUUUCUUUGAAUAAUGACUGUAUGUGAGCUCCAAUUGAUGCAGUAUGCUUGCCUUACAUACUACUUAUAUUACUUACAACUACUUACAUAUUAAAAGAUUUUUUUUUUAAUUUUCAAAUUUGGAAAAUAAAUUAAACUUAUAAAACAAGCUAUUGUUGUGAUGUUUUAGCCAGUGGUCAGAGCUUGCCUUUGACAGCAGUGGUGAUGAUUCCAGGGCUUUUAGUUACUUGAACACCACAAGAUUGCCUGACCUCCUUCAAGUCAGAGUGGUUUUUCACUGUAGCAGGGCUGGUCCCAGAGGCUGCUGUAAAUAUAGGCUCCAGAAAUUUCUAGGACUUUAAAGAUAUAGGGAAAAAACCCAGAUUAUCCCUAUGCAGAAACACAAGUUUUCUCUCCCAGUGUUACGUGAGCAUACCUUUAAUCAGCAGCAGUUAAAGAGGUUUUACAAGUAGGACAUCGAAAUAACUGAAGCACAAGUGCUUCACUGACCUAGUGGUAUUAUUGCAUCUCUGAGUCAUCCAGACUUUUCAUCUUCUACUCAGGGAACUAAACAACUGUUUCUUAUGCUUCCACUCUGUGUGGGAAGAAUAGGGCCACCUAGAAGCUCAUUAAAUGUGUUUGUCAAGUGAGAUGAGCUAAUGGCUAUUAAGUGGUGUUACAGAAGCUCCUAUUUCAGCUUCACUUGAAUGCAUUUUUCUCAUGUUCCUGAUUUGGUUUUGUUUUCACUUCGAUCUGAUUUUGGUUGGUGGCUGAUUAAACUGAUCUUGUUUUUUUUUCCC